AUGUCUGAAACCGACAUUCUUGAUAUACCGAUAAAAAGAUCUGGUGUUGGGGAUGGUCCACCGCGACAUCGACGUCGUCGAAGUCGAAUCAAGUUCACAGAAGAGCAGCUUAACCAACUCGAAAUUUUCUACGAAAGUAAUCGUUACCCAGACAUAAAUGUCAGAGAAGAUAUUGCUGACUGCAUUGACAUCAGUGAAGCACGAAUCCAAGUGUGGUUUCAAAAUCGACGAGCACGUCAGCGCAGACAGCAAAAAUGUUCUUCGAAUUAUACCAAAAAUAACUCCAACAAAAGAGAUGAACCAGAGCACCAACUGGAAUCACCUUUGCCAACCGAAAUCGUGACAUCUACUUCUCCAACCUCAACCACGUCAUCUACGCCAACGCACAUAGUAUCUCUGCCGUCAACUGCUAUAAGAUCAGAUGGAUGCAACGAUACUAAAGCUAAUUCUAAUAAAAAUGGCGCACCAAUUACUGCAUUGGUUAUGUCAAAGUGUCCAAAAUACGAACAGGUAUCACCUUUACCAGUUGGAUUUGUGACGUCUAAUUCACCAAAGACAACCAAGCCAUCCACGCCAUCUUCCAUCGUAUCACUAUCAUCAUCGAAAGAACGCAACGAUACCAGCAUUUUUUCUAGCAAAGAGGAACCAAAUACUGAGUAUUCGGUUAAGUCAACGUGCCAAAAACGCGAAGGGGCAUCACCUUUCUCAGAUGAAAUCGUGACAUCUACUUUACCAAAGUCUUCCACGCCAACGCCCAUGGUAUCUCUGCCAUCAACUACUACAAGAUCUACGCCGGGUGGACGCAAUCUCUCUACUACAGCUGCUGGUAAUAAGUAUUAUCAUCUGCCGAUGUAUUCUUCUGCCAACGUCUUUGGUGGUGUUCCAGGUAUUCCAUUUUCAUCGUAUCCAUUUCAUCCAUACUAUCAGUGUCCAAGACGUGUGUUGACACCCUCUCCUUAUAUCUACAUCCCAAGUAUACCGUCAUAUCUCUCCCCUCAGCAAGUAGAUGCAACUAAGCAGCCAUUGAGACAACAAUGGUACAAUAUGACAACCCACUUUGUGUAGCCCUGUAGUCUACAGUACGCGACAGCGCAUGAUAAGACGUGCAUGUGUGGUGACAUUUCUUGUGACGGACACUUUGUAUUGUUAUUUCAUUAAAUGUUGUUAUUUUUUUGGAACGAACUAACGCUGGUCGAUCCCUCUUACCACUUAAGAUCACACAUUAAAGCGUUGUAAUAUUAAUAGGCAUCUCAUUCCAGUUAUAAAUUCACAUAUAUUAACGUUGGGUGCAUUUUGUAAUGUGGUGAUUUAAUUGGUUUAUACUAUGAUGACGCAACAUCCAAUAAUUUAGAUAAUAUUUAAACACAACAUUAAAAAUUUUAAUAUCUUAUACUUUUGUAUACGCAAUUAUAAUACGAUUAGAAAUCGUAACGUGCCGUUAACAGACGUAUAUAAUUCUUUUAGCAUAGAUCCCUUAAAAAGGCAUUUAAUAAGGCUGACAGGUAAUUUAAAUAUCUUUAUUAAGUUCUGUAUAUCAUAGAAUUGUUUCGGCCUGACUAGUGUCAUUGGCAGUUGAUAAUUUAUUUUAUCCUUGUCCAUAUAUAGUCAUAUCAUGACUAUAUAUCGGCAUACAACAUUCUUAUGGCAAUUAAAAUUUUAUAAUAUGGACAGAGCUUUGGAAUAUGCCAUUCAAAGUUUUAUUGAAAGGUUUUCGAGAUUUUACCCCUUAUUUUUAAGAAUAAAACUUAGGAGAAAGGUGGAUUAUGUAGGCCUAUGUUAAAAUGUCUUUAAUUCUUGCCAAACGCCAAACCUAAUUGUUAUUAUGUCUUGAUUAAAUUUAUUAUUGUUUAAUAUUAUAUAUGUUUUGUAUUUAAUCUUUAUGAAACAAAACAUGCACUAAGUGUAUACAGAUUGUACAUAAAUUCUUGUAGUGUGUUUGUAUGUUUGUCAAUAUUUAUUUUUGCAUAAUGAAUAAAUUUGUCGAAUCUUUAAAAA